GGCUCCGCCCCAGCAUGGCGGCGCUGGGCGGGGAGCGGGGGCCCCGCUGCCGGCAUGGCGGCGCUGGGCCGGGCGGCGCGGGGCUGGGCGCGCUCGCAGCCGUGCGCCCUGGCGCUGGCCGCCGCCCUGGCUGUCUGCGCCUUCUACUACCUGGGCGGUGGCGGCGAGACCUUCUCCAGCGCCACACGCCGCCUCCGCGCCACGCCGCCCGCUCCGGCCCACCGCCACCCGCAGCGCGCCGGCGGCGGGGACCCGGCGGGAGGAGGCCGGGACCUGCACCUCCUGCUGAUGUUCACCAAGGCGGAGCGCAGCCCGGCGCUGCGUUCCAAGGCGCAGACUGCGCUGCGCUCCCUGCUGCGGCACGGCCGGCUGGGCGGCGGGGAAGCGCUGCACCUCCACCUCGUCACCGACGGCCCCAGCCGCGACAUCGGCCUGGGCCUGCUACGGGACCUGCUGCACGGCGCCGUCUUCCGCCACCAGGUUGUAGUCCAUGAUGUGGGUGAGCUGACAGAAAAGCUGUUUCCAAUCGUUGAAGCCAUGCAGAAACACUUCAGUGCUGGAUCAGGGACCUACUACAGCGACUCCAUCUUCUUCUUGUCAGUUGCGAUGCAUCGCAUCAUGCCCAAAGAAAUAACACAGAUCAUCCAGGUAGACUUGGACCUGAAGUACAAGACCAACAUCCGAGACCUGUUUGAUGAGUUUGACAACUUCCCAGAGGGAGCAGUCAUUGGGAUUGCCAGGGAAAUGCAGCCAGUGUACAGGCACACCUUCUGGCAGUACCGCCGGGAGAACCCCCAAACCAAAGUCGGGGAUCCCCCUCCUGAUGGGCUGCCCGGCUUCAACAGCGGCGUCCUGCUCCUGAACCUGGAAGCCAUGAGGCAGUCCAAGCUCUACAACCAGCUGCUGGAGCCCGACGUGGUGCAGAAGCUGACAGAGAAGUACCACUUCAAGGGGCACCUUGGGGACCAGGACUUCUUCACCAUGGUGGGGAUGGAGCACCCAGAGCUCUUCCACGUGCUGGACUGCACGUGGAACCGGCAGCUGUGCACGUGGUGGCGGGAGCACGGCUACAGCGACGUCUUCGAGCAGUACUUCCGCUGCCAGGGGGAGGUCAGAAUCUACCACGGGAACUGCAACACCCCCAUCCCUGACGACUAGGCCGCAGGCACCCAGCCCUGCAGAGCCCUGGGGCCUACACCAGCAGGCGCUAGGGGUGACCAGCCCUGCUCCGCUGCACCCCAGGGAAAUCACUAGAGAUCCCAAGAGCAUUGGG